GAAAGCCCCUCCACAAACAUUUCUGCACGACGAACGCCCUGAAAUCUUAUGAUAAAAUUGCUUUUGCGAUUCUCAACAUAAGAUACUAGUUGAAGUUGCGCGGACCGCUUCCCGAAAAGAACAACAAACUUAAAUAGCCCUUUUGACGACCAACCCGCGCGCUUGUCGUCACCAAGCUCGAGCAAUUCAAUAUCGACAACCAAAUUAAACAACAAACCAUCAAAUUUAUCAUACGAUAGAAUGAACACAAUGGAUACAGAUAUGGCAGAUGUAGGCAGGACGGUUGAGCCCACGGGAUUAUCUCCAGUAGCAGAACCUGCCUCAAUACCAACUCUUGAUGGGUGGAUUGAGAACUUGAUGGCGUGCAAGCAGCUGGCCGAGGUCGACGUUCAGAGGCUUUGCGAUAAGGCACGAGAAGUAUUGCAAGACGAGUCGAAUGUACAGCCGGUGAAAUGCCCUGUUACUGUCUGCGGAGAUAUUCAUGGGCAAUUCCAUGAUCUGAUGGAGCUCUUCAGAAUUGGUGGACCAAACCCAGAUACCAAUUAUCUAUUUAUGGGUGAUUAUGUUGAUCGAGGUUAUUACUCAGUCGAAACUGUCACUCUUCUAGUCGCUCUAAAAAUAAGAUACCCCCAAAGAAUCACCAUCCUCCGUGGUAACCACGAAUCCCGUCAGAUCACUCAAGUUUAUGGAUUUUACGACGAGUGCCUCCGAAAAUAUGGAAACGCAAAUGUUUGGAAGUACUUCACCGAUCUCUUCGACUACCUUCCCCUCACCGCCCUCAUCGAUAACCAAAUCUUUUGUCUCCACGGAGGUCUUUCCCCCAGCAUUGACACGUUGGACAACAUCAGAGCUCUCGAUCGUAUACAAGAAGUGCCACAUGAAGGUCCUAUGUGCGACUUGCUAUGGUCGGAUCCAGAUGACAGAUGCGGAUGGGGAAUAUCCCCUAGAGGAGCAGGUUACACUUUCGGACAAGAUAUUUCGGAGGCGUUCAACCAUAAUAACGGAUUGACCUUGGUCGCAAGGGCUCAUCAAUUAGUCAUGGAGGGAUAUAAUUGGUCUCAGGAUAGAAACGUAGUUACGAUCUUCUCAGCCCCCAAUUACUGCUACAGAUGUGGUAACCAAGCAGCAAUCAUGGAGAUUGACGAGCACCUUAAAUAUACUUUCCUACAAUUUGAUCCAUGCCCAAGAGCUGGAGAGCCAAUGGUAUCACGUCGUACCCCCGAUUACUUCCUCUAGAUAUACAAACGGAGCGACUUAAGACGAAACACUUUGAUAUGCGAUAUUGCGUUACAAUGAUUGGGACAGAAGCAAUGAACAUUCUGUUUUCUGUAUGUGAGGUUCUAUGGCAUCCUUUGGGAAUAGCAUUCUAAUUGGUAUUGCCUACGAAUAAUACAUUGGUGGCCUAAUCCGGAAUUCAUCCAACUUUUGUAGACUUGCAGUAGACUACUUAUUAUACCAAAAUGCAAAAAAGCAGUUGAGGAUAUUUUCUUUGAAGGGGGGUACCAGCGGCGUGAAUAUACAUUCCUGUUGUUGUAAUUUGAUAUGAUACA